UCUCAGUGAAAUCUGCCCCUAGGUCUUCUCCACUAUUACGCUUUACUAGUGUCGUUGGUUCGGUUCAGUAAGAUCUCAAACAUGGCUCAGCAGGAAUACAAAAUGCUUAGUGACAAAAUGUUCACCUACAAAGGAACUGUCAUAACUUUGACAGAAAAUCAUGAUCUUACUCCAGAAUAUAUUGACAGUUUAGCGGAUUUUGAAACAAAGGAUGAUGAUGUCUUUGUUGUCACCUUCCCAAAAUCUGGUACGGUGUGGACCCAACGGAUCAUGACGUUAAUAUACGCGGAAGAUUUCCCAGACAAAGCCAACCAAAUCACAUACGAGCAGAUGCCCUGGCUGGAGUAUCGGAUAACAGGGAGAGAUUUCAGCACACGUCCAUCUCCGAGACUCUUCUGCUCACAUUUACUCCAGCCACUGAUGCCCAAAAUGCUGCAAAGAAAAGGAAAAGUCAUCUAUGUCAUGAGAAACCCUAAAGAUGUCAUGGUGUCAUAUUUCCAUUUUUCCAACAACAUGAAAAACCUGGAUUCUUCUGAGAGCUUCAAUGAGAUGCUGGAAAAAUUCUUCACCGGAUGCAUGAUUGGUGGCUGUUGGUUUGACCAUGUUAAAGGAUGGAUCACAAAUAAAGACAAAUACAACAUCCUGAUCCUUACUUAUGAAGAAAUGAUUAAGUGGUUUUUUUCUAUGGAUCACGUUGCCGCCGUUCAUCUGCUUUGCCUUGAGCGCGGAGCUUUGCGGUCUAUGUGGAGUGGGUGCUCCACUGCGAGGAGCGAUAGCCUGAGCCCACCACAGAUGGAGAUAAUGCCUCAGUCGUUCACCAGAAAGAGCAAUGCCAACAGCAAGCCAAAGGGGACCUCCUCCGAACAGGUGUGCGUGUCGACUGUCUCAUCAAUUACAGAGGCAGUACUCGUGGAAUUUGUCCCUCUGUUUCACCUCCGUUCAGUGGUGAGGCUCCAUCUCGGUCUUCCUGGAAGUCUUCGUCUCCUGCACCUGAGGAGCUUGUGAUUCUGCCUCUGGCUACAGAUGACUCCACUCCACCUCAUCCCGCCAUCCAGACACCUGUUCUACUCCCACCCUCGAUUCCGGCAUGAACUAUUGGCUAUUCGGCCUCACUGGGCUCCCUCGGUCAGUCAGCUCCACUAAGGUUGGACUUCACCACACCUCCGCUGUGGAUUCCUUCCUUCCUCAGUCGCUCCAGCUCACCCUCUGGUCUCUGGAUCCCCACCUACAUCUCGGGCGAUCAUUGCUAUGACUCCAUCGCAGAUGUCUUGAUCCGUUGCUCCACCUCCUUAGCUCUCUGUCUGCGCAGCGGGCUUCCCCUCCAUCACCGU